ACUUUAUUGACAUUUGCCAGUACACAGCAAUAAACGACACGCGAAAAAGUUGAACGUUUUUUUUUUUCUGACGUUCAAGGCUAGCCGGAUAUUGGUCAAAUAAUUAUAGUAUGUACGAACCUUCACGAAAAGUAGUUCAGACAGCGUACGAGAAAAAUUUUAAACAAAACAUUUCAUCGCUUCCAAGUUUUGAACGUUUGAAAAAAAUCUGUUCAGUGAUGAGAGAAAAAGUCGACCUACAACUAGGCCAGGACAGACCUAGUCUGACAACCGCCAUGCAUCCGAAGAAGCUGUUCACAUUCUUCGUGUGUAGCUGUUGCGUAUCAGUCAUACUCAUAGUCUUCGGGACAUUGCUGAUUUGCUUCACGCACAUCAUCUACGAAGCCAUCCUCAAAGGGAACUUGGUGCUUCAGCCCGGAUCCAGCGCAUUCCAAGUUGGGUAAAGAACCCAGUACCAUUAUAUCUGAAGCUCUACCUGUUCAAUUGGACAAAUCCGAAAGAUAUCAAUAACCAUACAAUAAAGCCCCAUUUCCAGAAGAUAGGGCCGUACACCUUCUAUGAGACGAAAGAAAAAACUAACAUCACCUGGAACAAUAAUAACACCGUGACCUACAAGAAUAUGAAGAAAUGGUGGUAUGUUCCGGAGAAAAGCAACGGAACUCUUGCAGAUACCGUUAUCAGCGUCAAUCCGGUUGCUUUCUCAGCCGCCUAUACGGUCAGAGACUUUCACUUCAUAGUGAAAAAGACCUUUUCCGGAGUCUUAUCCAGCAUGGUCCAGACUGUGGAGGCGGUCCGUCCAGUAGGACACGUACUGUUCGACGGUUAUACGGAUGCGUUGCUAAGCAUAGCUGCCAAACUACCAUUCCUGUCCAAGAACAACAUCCCCAACAUGGACAAAUUCGGCUGGUUUUACGGUAGAAAUGGAUCUGAGGAUUUCGAUGGGGAGUUAACAUAGACACCGGAAGGUCCGAUGGAAAAAUCGGAGAACUGGAACGGUGGAAGUUUCAGGAGCAUACUCCAUACUAUCCAGGAAAAUGUGGGAGAUUCGACGGAGCCUCUGCCGGUGAUUUCUUCCCGGGGAACCUAAAGAAAGACAGCGUUGUUAAGAUGUUCUCCUCCGAUUUAUGCAGGUAUGUUGAACUAGAAUUUGCAGAGGAAGUCAUGAUACACGGCAUAACGGGUUACAAGUUCAUAGCAGGACAGAAGUUCUUAGACAACGGUACAAAGGUUCCUGAAAAUAAGUGCUUCUGUGACGGCGACUGUAUGCCUUCUGGAGCUUUGAACGUAUCAAAUUGCAGACAUGGCUCUCCAGCCUUUGUGACGCUGCCCAAUUACUAUAGCGCUGAUCCGUACUACACCAGGCACAUCGAAGGAGUGGUACCUGACAAGGAGAGAGACGAGUUCUACAUGAUUUUUGAACCGAAAACUGGGAUACCUCUGGAAGUUGCAGCAAGGUUACAGCUGAACUUGAGGAUACAGCCAAUUCCGGGUGUGGCACAAAGAGCUAGAGAGCAUGACAGUGCUGAACAAUCAAACGGCUCCUUUUUGGCUUGCAUUUACCCAUAA